AUGGCCAAAACCUGGACCCCACCCAAAGACGGCACUCCAUGUUGGAUCAAUGUACUUGCUACUGACGUCCCUCGAGAAAUCGCACUGAAAAAACAACCCAUCAAUGACUGCCAAAGCUUCUUACCAUGGAACAGUGAGCUAACACUACUUGUCUCUCUCUGCACAGCCAAGAAGUUCUACUCGGAGGUCUUCAACUGGACAUUUCCACGCCGUGAAUCCCACCAUGGCAAACCAUUAGACGAAAACGAAAUCGCAUUGUUCGAAGCUCCCGGCCAGCCAUGUCCAGGCGGUGGCAUCACGCGAGUGUCCCAGGAAGAAUGGGCUGCCAAUCGGAGCGGGUUGAGCAGGAAAGGCGUUGUGCUAUACCUAUAUGUGGACGAUAUUAAUGCUUGGGAAGAGAAAAUCGUUUCGAACGGCGGCAAGAAAAUGUCUGGAAUUGAACCCGAGGGUGAGAUGGCGCUCAUGCAACAUUUUGAGGACACCGAAGGCAACUACCUCGGUAUCUAUAGCAUGAAAAAAUGA